AGGAGAAGGAGGAGUUUGUUAAUGUUCAGUUUGUUCAGCGGGAUCGAUGUUUGCUGGCAUCGCCUCGCCCUGUCUUGUGUGUGUGUGCGAGGGUGUGUGUGUGUGUUUGUGUGUGUGUGUGCAUAUGUGGGGGGUGUGAGUGUGUGUGUGCGAGGAAGCGGGGGUGCGUGCGCGUGUGAGUGCGUGUGUGAGUGUGUCUGUGUGUGUGUCUGUGUGUGUGUGUGAGUGAGUGAAUUCCAGAUUUUCUGUCUUUCCAAAACCCGCUCCUGUCCUCUCGCAUAUCACUCACAGACGGGGAUCUGACAGCAGCCACAAACCUACAGUGAGUGAUCGCUCUCCCCCCGGCACGAAUCCGCCAUAGAGAUCGGCGAGGAGGAGGAGGAGGAAGAGAAGAAGGAGGAGGUGGAGGAGGAGGUGGAGGAGGAGGAGGAGGAGGGAAAGAGGAGAAGGAAGAAGAAAAAGAAGAAGAAACCCACUACCUUCCCAGGAUUGCCUUUUUUUUCCUUAUCUUUACGCGCGAGUGUGCGUGUGGCGCGUGUGCGCCCCUCGUCCCUUCCAUCCGAACCCGGUCUUGGAUGUUUAAUAAAGAAAUCAAGUGUCUCAACAGUCACCAAAAAAAAAACGCAAAAACAAAAACAAAAAAAUUCCAAAAGCAAAAACAAAAAAGAGAGAGGAAAAAAAAAUCCAAAAUAAACAAACAAACAAACAAGGCAGAACCAACCUCUACUUCAAAGCAGCCGGCACAAGCCACCCGUGUCUGCCACCCAGAGAGGGGGGUCUCUGGCCCGUGGUGGAGGAGUUGCAGGGGGGAUCGUCAGGGGGACAGAGGCCGAGUGACGUCCUAGGAGCCACCGGGCAAGAGGCGGAGGAGACCCAGAGAGGCCAGAGAGACAGCGGGCCCCGGCGCGCGGCUCGGGGCUGGGGCGCCAGAAGUGGGACUGGAGCGAAGUAGAGGAUGCCGAGGAGAAAACAGCAGGCACCCAAGCGGGCGGCAGGCUACGCCCAGGAGGAACAGCUGAAAGAAGAGGAGGAAAUAAAAGAAGAAGAGGAGGAGGAGGACAGCAGUUCAGUAGCUCAACUGCAGGGUGGCAAUGACACAGGGACGGACGAGGAGCUAGAAACGGGCCCAGAGCAAAAAGGCUGCUUUAGCUACCAGAACUCUCCAGGAAGUCAUUUGUCCAAUCAGGAUGCCGAGAACGAGUCUCUGCUGAGCGACGCCAGUGAUCAGGUGUCGGACAUCAAGAGUGUCUGCAGCCGAGAUGCCUCGGACAAGAAAGCAAACACUCACGUCAAGCUUCCAAACGAAGCACACAAUUGCAUGGAUAAAAUGACCGCUGUCUACGCCAACAUCCUGUCGGAUUCCUACUGGUCAGGCCUGGGCCUUGGCUUCAAGCUGUCCAAUAGUGACAGGAGGAACUGUGACACCCGAAACGGCAGCAACAAGAGUGAUUUUGAUUGGCACCAAGACGCUCUGUCCAAAAGCCUGCAGCAGAACUUGCCUUCUAGGUCCGUCUCAAAACCCAGCCUGUUCAGCUCGGUGCAGCUGUACCGGCAGAGCAGCAAGAUGUGCGGGACUGUGUUCACAGGGGCCAGCAGAUUCCGAUGCCGACAGUGCAGCGCGGCCUACGACACCCUAGUCGAGUUGACUGUGCACAUGAAUGAAACGGGCCACUAUCAAGAUGACAACCGCAAAAAGGACAAGCUCAGACCCGCGAGUUAUUCAAAGCCCAGGAAAAGGGCUUUCCAGGAUAUGGACAAAGAGGAUGCUCAAAAGGUUCUGAAAUGUAUGUUUUGUGGCGACUCCUUCGAUUCCCUCCAAGAUUUGAGCGUCCACAUGAUUAAAACAAAACAUUACCAAAAAGUGCCUUUGAAGGAGCCAGUCCCAACCAUUUCCUCGAAAAUGGUCACCCCGGCUAAGAAACGCGUUUUUGAUGUCAAUCGGCCGUGUUCCCCCGAUUCAACCACAGGAUCUUUUGCAGAUUCUUUUUCUUCUCAGAAGAACGCCAACUUGCAUUUGUCCUCCAACAACCGCUAUGGCUACCAAAAUGGAGCCAGCUACACCUGGCAGUUUGAGGCCUGCAAGUCCCAGAUCUUAAAGUGCAUGGAGUGUGGGAGCUCCCAUGACACCUUGCAGCAGCUCACCACCCACAUGAUGGUCACAGGUCACUUUCUCAAGGUCACCAGCUCUGCCUCCAAGAAAGGGAAGCAGCUGGUAUUAGACCCGCUAGCAGUGGAGAAAAUGCAGUCGUUGUCCGAGGCCCCGAACGGUGACUCUCUGGCUCCCAAGCCAUCCAGUAACUUAGCAUCAGAUUGUACAGCCUCUACAACUGAGUUAAAGAAAGAGAAUAAAAAAGAAAGGCCAGAGGAAACCAGCAAGGAUGAGAAAGUCGUGAAAAGCGAGGACUAUGAAGAUCCUCUACAAAAACCUUUAGACCCUACAAUCAAAUAUCAAUACCUAAGGGAGGAGGACUUGGAAGAUGGCUCAAAGGGUGGAGGGGACAUUUUGAAAUCUUUGGAAAAUACUGUCACCACAGCCAUCAACAAAGCCCAAAACGGGGCCCCCAGCUGGAGUGCCUACCCCAGCAUCCACGCGGCCUACCAGCUGUCUGAGGGCACCAAGCCGCCUUUGCCUAUGGGAUCCCAGGUACUGCAGAUCCGGCCUAAUCUCACCAACAAGCUGAGGCCCAUUGCACCAAAGUGGAAAGUGAUGCCACUGGUUUCUAUGCCCACACACCUGGCCCCUUACACUCAAGUCAAGAAGGAGUCAGAAGACAAAGAUGAAGUCGUGAAGGAGUGUGGGAAAGAAAGUCCCCAUGAAGAGGCCUCAUCUUUCAGCCACAGUGAGGGCGAUUCUUUCCGCAAAAGCGAAACACCUCCAGAAGCCAAAAAGACCGAGCUGGGUCCCCUGAAGGAGGAGGACAAGCUGAUGAAAGAGGGCAGCGAGAAGAAGAAACCCCAGCCCCUGGAGCCCACAUCUGCUCUGAGCAACGGGUGCGCCCUCGCCAACCACGCCCCGGCCCUGCCAUGCAUCAACCCGCUCAGCGCCCUGCAGUCUGUCCUGAACAAUCACCUGGGCAAAGCCACGGAGCCCUUGCGUUCACCUUCCUGCUCCAGCCCAAGUUCAAGCACAAUUUCCAUGUUCCACAAGUCGAAUCUCAGUGUCAUGGACAAGCCCGUCUUGAGUCCCGCCUCCACAAGGUCAGCCAGCGUGUCCAGGCGCUACCUGUUUGAGAACAACGAUCAGCCCAUCGACCUGACCAAGUCCAAAAGCAAGAAAGCCGAGUCCUCGCAAGCACAAUCCUGUACAUCCCCACCUCAGAAGCACGCUCUGUCUGAUAUCGCCGACAUGGUCAAAGUCCUCCCCAAAGCCACCACCCCAAAGCCAGCCUCCUCCUCCAGGGUCCCCCCCAUGAAGCUGGAAAUGGAUGUCAGGCGCUUUGAGGAUGUCUCCAGUGAAGUCUCAACUUUGCAUAAAAGAAAAGGCCGGCAGUCCAACUGGAAUCCUCAGCAUCUUCUGAUUCUACAAGCCCAGUUUGCCUCGAGCCUCUUCCAGACAUCAGAGGGCAAAUACCUGCUGUCUGAUCUGGGCCCACAAGAGCGUAUGCAAAUCUCAAAGUUUACGGGACUCUCAAUGACCACUAUCAGUCACUGGCUGGCCAACGUCAAGUACCAGCUUAGGAAAACGGGCGGGACAAAAUUUCUGAAAAACAUGGACAAAGGCCACCCCAUCUUUUAUUGCAGUGACUGUGCCUCCCAGUUCAGAACCCCUUCUACCUACAUCAGUCACUUAGAAUCUCACCUGGGUUUCCAAAUGAAGGACAUGACCCGCUUGUCAGUGGACCAGCAAAGCAAGGUGGAGCAAGAGAUCUCCCGGGUAUCGUCGGCUCAGAGGUCUCCAGAAACAAUAGCUGCCGAAGAGGACACAGACUCUAAAUUCAAGUGUAAGUUGUGCUGUCGGACAUUUGUGAGCAAACAUGCGGUAAAACUCCACCUAAGCAAAACGCACAGCAAGUCACCCGAACACCAUUCACAGUUUGUAACAGACGUGGAUGAAGAAUAGCUCUGCAGAGUUCACACUCGGUCUGUGCAUAGGUGACACCAGUGACUUGUAGUGUAAUCCUGCCGUGUUGAAAGCUGAUGUCAACUGCUAAAUGGGGGAAAGCAGGGCGUCUCGAUGGUGAUGUGUAUGUAUGUACACGUGCAGCCGGAAAAUAAGCAAAGGACUCAGGAAAUUGAUGUUGUACCAGCAAAAGGCCACCGACACUUAGGAAUGAUCCAUGUCGAAUGCACAUUGAGCUGCCCUGGGUCACCGGGGGAGGCAUUUUUUUUUAAUGUAUAAAACUUACAAGUUUGAAAAAUAUGUAUUUAGCCUGGAGGGCAGUUAAAAAGACUUUAUUGUGUCAGCAUCCCCAGAUCAUUUAUACAUUUUUCUGUCCAUAUAUUUUAUUCAUAAUGUCUAUUUUAUUCUUCAUUUUGUCAACUUGGUGUUCGACAUUACUGUUGCUCUUAGAAAACAACCCCGUUAUCGGAACGAGGCCACAUGACUGUGGAUAAAGGCGAGAGCGUUGUCGGGCAAGGUUAAAAAUCAGCACGGUGUUAAGCACCUGGGAGGGCUUCAGGGUUUGGGCUUGAGUUUAUUGUUAUAUGGUUCCUGAGGCCUUGCAUCAGGGCAGGUGUUGGGGAAGAGGGCUGCGGUUUUAACAAUGACAGAGAACUCAGGGGGCAAAAGACUGAAGGCCAUUCAGGUUCUUCACAUGAAGGGAGGACCAAGGUUUGUUCACCAACAGGCAAGACAGAGCAGAGUGCUCACAUCACACCACCCCCCAAAAUGGCAAAUAGAGCAAGAUACAAAUCACUGGCUUCCCAUGGAUUCUCUGGACAGCCCAAGAGGUCUUGGGAAAUGACUGCCAUGAGCUGAGGGCUCAAAACCUUGUAUUUAUUCAAAGAAUGACUGCCCUGUUGCUGUCGGGUCACACAGAUUGCUGGGCUACUUCAAGAAUUGUUUCUUCUGAAAUCAGGUUCUGGGCUAAAGAUGUGAGAAUUUUAGGAUAUUAGCUCUUCUUUCUGCCCUCCCACCCCACUUCUAUACCAAAGCAUGCAAAGCCUUUCACUGAAUGCAAUGAAAAAAGAAUUUAUCAAAGAGGAAGAGAAGCAAAGAGAAAGGAGAAAGAAAAGGAAGAGAAGAGGAAAAGAAAGGAAAGAAAGGAAGAAAAAAGGAAGAAAGAGAAGAAACCACACUGUACAUUAGACAAGUGUUAAUGGGAAAGUUCAGGAGAAGGAGUUUUACAAAUAAGAAGAGAUAUUUUAUUCUCCAGGGAAACAAGCAUGAUGUGUAUUUCCAGUAUAUUUCAUGUACAUCUCCCAAAUUAGCAUGCUACCAAUGGAGUGAUAUCACCAAUAUUAAUAUUGCUUCUUCUUCAACUGUGUCAGUCUGGCUUUUGCAACACACGUCUGUCAGCCUUGAGAUGUUGGAUCUCUGUGCGUCUAACCUUCCUGUCAUUCAAAGUCAUUUGAAAGUGGAAAGAGUAGGAACCCUUCUGACUUGGAAGGGCAUUUGCAGACCUUCCUUUAGUGUGCUCUGUGUAACAUGAAUCCCAAAACCAAGGAAACAGAAGCAAUGAGGGCUCAUGAUCAAAUAAGUAUGGAUAAUGCCUUUAACUCUAUCUCGUUAUUGGACAUUCCCAGUGGACGUGAGCAAAUGAAUAGCUCUGAAAGCCCCUGAAAUAAAGAAAAUUGUUAAGCAUCUAACAUAGUACCUCCCAACUCUCUCUGGCCAUGGAAUGUUUUUUCUCCACCUGGAAUUCUUUUAAACAAGUAUUCUAAAGAACAUGCUUUGAAAUAAAAGCAAGAGCCCAGGAGACAGGAGACUUGACUAAAGACUAAAUUGCCUUUGCAGGUCAGCUAGUCCAGCUUUUCAUUUUAGAGAUAAGAAAAUGAAGAAACAGAAGUUGUGUGGUCAGUGGAGGGUCACAGAGGCAGAAUUAGAACCCAAUGACCCAGGACAAAUGCAUUUACCUCUGUGGGCCUCAGUUUCCCUGUCCCUAUUGGACUAGAUCAGAGGAUAUCAACUGGUAGGCCUUGAAACAGUCUUAGAUGUGUCACCAAAUUCUGAAUAAUGCGUGUAUUUGUUGUCUGCUGCUGUGAAACUAAUUACCCCAAACUUAAUGGCUUUAAACAACAUGUUUAUUAUUUCACAGUGUCUGUGAAUAAGGAGUCCAGGCACCAGUUAGGUGGGCCCUCUGCAUCAGGAUUUCACAAGAUUGCAAUCCAGGCUUUGGCCAGGGCUGCAGUCUCAUCAGAGGUUUGACUGGGGAAAGACCUACUUCCAAGCUCUCACACGUUGAUGGUAAAAUUCAUUUCCUUUCAGCUCUAGGAUUGAGGGCUCUGGUUUCUUGCUGGCUGUUGACUGAUGGCUACCUUCAGCUCCUAGAGGCCAUCUAGUAUUAGACCCCCACCAUGUGGGAUUCCCCAACCUGACCAUUUACCCCAUCAAAGCCAGCAAGAGAGAAAGAGUCUCUUUCAAGAUGGAGGUCACCAUCCAGUGCAUUACAAUCAUGAAAGUGACAUCCCAUCACCUUGCCGUAUUCUAUUGGUUAAAAGCAAGUUACAAGUCCCACACACACUCAAGGAGAAGGGACUACACAAGAACAUGCACAUCAAGAAAUGGGGAUUAUAGGACCACUGUAAGAGCCUGGCUGCCACAAUGUGCAAAAUUUAUUUUUGCUGAAAAUGAGUAUACCAUUACAGAGAUAUUUGGUGGGGUAGACCAUUGUCCUGAGAUGAUCAUCUGAUGUGUUGUAAAGCAACGUAUACCUUGCAAUAAGCUAAAAGUAAGAAUUAUAGCACAGAGCAGAAUUGCAUCUCACAAGGUGUAAACUUCUAAAAGCAGCUCGUAAGAGGAAAAUUGCCUAUAGUCAAAAUUACCAUUAAAAAUCUUUUAAGCCAUUCAUAAAGUACAGUGCACUUAUUUUGUGUAUUACUACAUUGUACAUUACCUUGAACUGUAAUUCUUAUGCAGCUGAAGUUUAAAAAUUAUUCAGCCAGACUGAAGGCAUGUCUAUACCCAGAAUCUGGGCAUUCAAACCAUCCUGCCUCAAUAUAAAUUUCUAACAGUAAAGCAAAUAUGGAUGAAGACUAUUAAAGCAUCUAGCCUCCAGAGAUUAUUUCAUUCUGUUUUAAAAGUAUGCUUCAGAAACCUUAUAACAUGCUAAUAGGUUUGUUUGGUUGGUGAGAGUUAAACAAGAUAAAACACAUGAAACAAAUCAGCCCUCAGCCUGGCACACACAGUGGGCAGUGAAUUUUUGCAGACUGUGAACGUGCACCUUGAUCAGACACUCAGACACACGUACACUGCCUUUUGAAGAGCUGCAGAAAACAACUUGGCCACAUGUGUCCUGCUUGUCCAAGAUGGCAUUUUCCCCUGUAGUUUCCCAGCAGUUUCCACUCUCAUGAGCACUGUGCCCAUCUUCAUGAGGAGAAGAUUCUACAGUCAAUGCCUUAUUUGAAUGAGCAAACAGGACAUCUUACCUGUAGUCAGGCGUGGUGGCUGACAUCUGUAAUCCCAACACUUUGGGAGGCGGGGGUGGGAUGAUCACUUAAACCUAAGAGUUUGAGACAAGCCUUGGAAACAUAGGGAGAUCUUGUCUCUACAAAAAAUAAAAAAUUAGCUGGGUAUGGUGGCACAUGCCUGUAGUCCUAGCUACUCAUGAGGCUGAGGUGGGAGGAUCGUUUGAGCCCAGGAAGUUGAGGCUGCAGUGAACUAUGAUCCUGCCACUGCACUCUAGCCUGGGUGACAGAGGGAGACCCUGGCUCAGAAAAAUAAAAACUUUAAAAAAAAAUCUUACCUGUAAUGAUGUAACUGCACUCACAUGACAAGCCUACAGUAAAGGAAGAUGGGGGGGAGUACAAUAAAUAUGUCUCAUAGGCAUGUAAGCACAUAAGGACAGGGCAGUAGAGCAACCUACUUAGCAGUGUAGCGCAGUCACCCUGAACUCUUUUACAAAUACCAGGAGAUGUGGAGACAUUGUAAUGGAGGCUGCCUGGUAACUAAUCGCUAACUUGUUCAGUUUGGGUGAAAUCUGCCACCAGCAUGUCUGUCUUUUGACGAUAUGUCACACACACCAAAAGGGUGCAAAACCCUGAAUGGCAGUGAUUGUUCCCUUAUCUUUCCUUCCCUAAAAAGAAUUAGGGUUCUAAGUCUGGUGUCAAAAAUUCAAAAGCGACAGGAGCCAGGCAGGUAAUGUAUAUAAGAAGAGAAGACAAUAGAGAGGGAAAUGGAGUAGGUGAAAUGGCACCAGUCGCUCUAUCUCUCUAAAAGAAUUCAAAUUUGGAGACUUUUCCAAGCACCGCGUGGGUGAGACAUAACAGGCUUACAGCUGGAUUCAGCCAAUGAGCACGCUGUUCCAAGUUCUUAAUUAAGGGCCUGCAGGUGGCAAGGUCUGUUUAUAUUGUCCCCCAAAUCCUAGAUUUUAAAAAAGGAAAAUAUGAUGACCCUGUGUGGAAACAAAAUAGUAGAUUUUUUGUUGAUCUGACCACACUGAAUUAUUCGAGAUUUGGGGUGAUACCACAUUCAUUCUCGAACUUGUAGCCAAACACCUCUGGGCAAGGCUAGGAGGAGAUAAGAUUUUUAUUUUCAUUUUCUUUCCAUGAAGGACUGUCUCUCAGCAACUCUCACUACUGUUAUCCCAUCUGGUUGUAAGUGAAAUAGAGAUUUGGAAUAUCAUUUUUAUCUGCACAUAUUUAAAAUGUAAUGUCCAAAUAUUAUGCUGUUUGAAAAGAGACACCUGUCCAAAAAAUUCCCGGGAAGGUUUCAGAGAGUGCACUUAAGCUCAGAUUUAGACACAAGUAAAGCUCAUUUUUCAUUUAGCAGAAACCUUCAGACUAGCCAAGACUUGGAAUACAUGCUGAACAUUUUGCAAAUACAGCAAUGCCUCAUUUAUUUGACGUGGACUGUUCCAUGUAAAUGCAUUUUACACAUAACUGAAGCUUAUCCCAUUGCACAUCAAAUCAUACAUUUAUUUUAGCCAUUUUGCAUGGGAAUAUUUCUGAGAGUGCAUUACACACUUCCCUACCUCCUUAAAUAGAAUAUGAGAAACAUAAUUUAAUCUUUGCUAUCUGACUCAGGGUCGCAGUCAUGAAUAUCAAGUAUUGGGCUGCUCUGGGCUGAAAUAAAGGGAUGCCCUGGGGUCCCUACAACAUAAAAGGAGUUGUUUGACUUCACUUUGCAGGAGCUGAGGUUUCCACGCUUUUGAGAGUGUGCCGACCAGCUCUCCAUCUCAUCCUUCAGUGCUCUCACUAUAUCUAAAGGUCCUUUUGUUCCAAAUCUCUUUAAAUUUGUCUUGUCUGUGGAAUAGGAAGGUAAAGUGAAGUGCCUUACUUGGUUGACCAGAAACCCUGGGUUAUUUUCCCAUUUUUAAUAUAUUCUUGUACUUUGUUAACCUGCACAAGCUACUUGACCCUCUUGGCCUCUGUUCCACCAUCUAAAAGUGAGAGAAUUAAACACAUUGUCUAAAAUCCACCAAAUCUGCUUCCAUUUGCAUAAUUUUACGUGAUCUUUGGCUGUGAAAUGAAUAAACUUGUUAAAAUUGUGCUUAAACAUAGAGACCGUGGGUCCCAAGUGAGCACUUCAACAUCCCUGUUAGAAGCAGAAUUCACUGGCCGUGUAUUACCUUAUUUGUUUAUUGGUUCCAUUAUAUUCUACAUUGUUGAAAUUGUCAAAGAAGUGACCACUCGAUUAAAUUGAAAUAUGAUGCUGGCCAGGCACAGAGGCACUUUGGGAGGCUGAGUUGGGCAGAUCACUUGAGGUCAGGAGUUCGAAACCAGUCCAGCCAACACGGUGAAACCCCAUCUCUACUAAAAAUACAAAAAUUAGUCAGAUGUGGUGGUGGGUGCCUAUAGUCCCAACUACUCAGGAGGCUGAGACAAGAGAAUCACUUGAACCUGGGAGGUGGUGGUUGCAGUGAGCCAAGAUCACACCACUGCACUCCAGCCUGGGCAACAGAGCAAGACUCUGUCUCCAAAAAAAAAAAAAAAAAAAAAGAAAAGAAAUAUGAUGCAGUUUCAGAUAUCUAUUGCUGUGUAACUAAUCAACCCCAAACCUAGCAGCUUCAAGCAGCAAAGGUUUGUUAUUUCUUUGAUUUCUUUAAUUCUGUGGGUCAGGAAUUCAGGCAACAUUCUGAAACAGCUUGGUGGGGCAUGAUCUGGAGAAGCUUGCUUAAUUUCUUCCACCUGCAAAUGGGCUGAACUAGGAGGUCAAAGAAGUCCUCAGCCACAUGCCUGGUGCUCCAUGCUCCUCCACCUGAUUGCUCUCCUUCCAAUCUCCUUAUGAACAGUCUUAUUUCAUAAUGUAGUCCUAGCUUUUUUUUUUUUUUUUUUUUUUUGAGACAGAGUCUCGCUGUCUCCCAGGCUGAAGUGUAGUGGCAUGAUCUCAGUUCAUUGCCACCUUCCCUUCCUGGGUUCAAGUUAUUCUCCUGCCUCAGCCUCUCAAGUAGCAGGGAUUACAGGUACCUGCCACCAUGCCUGGCUAAUUUUUGUAUUUUUAGUAGAAGCAGGGUCUCGCCAUGUUGGCCAGGCUGGUCUUGAACUCCUGACCUCAAGUGAUCAGCCUGCCUCAGCCUCCCAAAGUCCGGGGAUUACAGGCAUGAGCCACCACACCCGGCCUAGUUCUAGCUUUUUUGCAACAUGAUGGCGGGCUUCCCCAAGGGAAAGCAAAAGCUGCUAAGCCUUUAAAGGAUAUCCAAGAAUUGACACAAUAUUACCUCUGCCACGUUUUAUUGGUCAAGUCACAACUCAAGGAGUUUCAAAAAAAGGAGAUGCAGACCCCACUUCAUGAUGGGUGCAGUUCCACGCAUGUGUACGAAGAAGAGUAAUUAGUAGCUGCCAUCUUUGGAAAUUGCUACACGCUUAAUACAUACUCACAUUAUACUUUAGAAGACUAAAGGUUUUCUUUCAACAUCAAAACUAUUAAUUAGUUUUGAUGUGUGUGCCUAAUCAUUUUCUUAAGUAGUGUAGAUUUGGUAAAUAACACUUUUCCUCUGGGAAAGGAAUAAAAAGACAAUCCACACUUUUAAUUGGAUCCUUCUCUUGAAGUGAAUUCCAAGUCUGUAUUUUCUCUUGUAAACAUACAGCAAACUUUCCACGUUUUGAUCCUGUACUUCGUGAAUCAAAGUGAAAUCUUGGGAAAGAAAACAUUACCUCUUUCUGAACUUUCUGUAUAGGCGUGCUUGCCUUUGGUUGUUGUCAAAAUUCUUUGAAAGUGUUUGCCCAACAAACCAAAUUAAAUAACUGUGAUAUUCUAUGUGCUCUCUUGUCAAAGGAAGAUAGGUUCCUUUCUCCUUUAGGUUUUUGUGGAUUCCCAUUUUUUGUUUGCCCUGUUGUUCAUUUGUUCAGUUACUUAUGCAGAUUGUCUCAGCAUAUUCUAUGUGCCAGGUUUUUAAAACAGGCAGUGAACAAGACAGACAUCACGGCGCUCUCAUGGAGCUGAUGUUCUAGCAUGGAAAGCAGAUAAUAAAGAAAUAACUAAUCCAUUAUAAUUGCAACGAAUGCUACGAAGGAAAAGCAUAAAGGGUAGAAGCUAGAUCGUAGGGGCCUACUUUGGUAUGAGAAAUCCUCCUAGAGGAAGUGAUGUUUCAGCUGAGCUCUGGAGGUGGGUGGGUGUCCCAUAGGUGAAAGAACCAUGGAAAAAGGAGCCGAGGAGGACAUUCCAAGCAGAGGGAAGAACACAUAAUAAGACCCCUUGGAAGGGAAUGGAAACUAGUGGGUUCAAGGAACUGAUAAAAUCCAGUAACAGAAGCCAGGAUGAAGAUGUGUGUGACAUUUAAACUAAAGUAGCCAUUUAAAAGUUGUGCAAACUAAGGCAUAGCACUCAAACUCUCUGAGUCUUGGGGUAAGGAAGAGAAAGGAAAAUGGUGACAACCCUCAGUCAUCCCCACUCACAAAGAGGCACAAACGGAAAUCUCACUCAUCACUUGGUUCAUUGUUGUUGAGCUUGUAAAUGUAUUGAUAACUUCUCCUAAGUGCCAGGCAUUGUAUUACAUGCUGGGAGCACAAAGAUGAAUAAUAACAAUACGUUCACAGAAAAGAUGAAUUGAUUGAGAGAAAAAGAUAGAACCCUCCAGGAGCCCUCAGCUUAGUAGGGGGUUGGCAUUGGAGGGUGGAGGAAUGGAAAAGGCCCUGAAAUGCAGGCAGAGAAAUGAUGAAACAAUUCAGGGGGUGCGGUGAGAUUAGAUGAAUAUCUUUACAGCAGCCUCGAAGAUUGAUCAGGUUACUAUGCCUUCUCUUCUAUCCACAUACCUUUCAAAAUCGUAUUUUAUGUUUAAAAAUGACAAAAAAAAAGGAUGUACACUGGAAAUAAAAGAACUUUCUAGGUUUUUUGUUAAAUAUGUAAUUUUGGGUAAGUUCAUCAAAGCUGAACUCAUUUUGUUAUUUAUUUACUUAUUUAUGUAGAGAGUUUGGGUGAGUCAUGCUCUCACUGCAGAGUUGAGUAGUUGCUACAGAACCCGUAUCACCCACAAGGCUGACACUAUUUACUCUCUGGCACUUUACAGAAAAAGGUUGCCAAUCCCUGCUUUCUUGGUGUAUUCAUCCUUUUCAUAAGGAGAAAUUGCUCCAGGUAAAAGUCAUCACAAUAAAUCAUUUCUUUUAUUUUUUUUUAAUAACACCCUGUUUCAAUGAGCUGCCUGCAAUCCCACCAUUAAUGCUUCAGUGUUUUGGCUUAAUGCUGGCUUCAAGUAGUUCUUUUCAAGAAGCAAAUACCCCUGAGAGCAGUAGCUCAUUAUUUAGCUAAUAACAGUGUGAGAAAGCAGUGUGGUGUUUAGCAAAAGGCAGUGGUCCAAGGAAAAGGCCACCAAUAUUCCCAAAUGCAGCAAUGUCUAGUUUUCCAGUCUGAUUUCCCAGAGUGAAAGAAGCUCGUGUAGUCCAGGCCACAGGACCAAAAGGCUCCUGCCAGGCUGAACUCCCUAGUCUUGGGCAAAAUAUGCUGGGGACUUACUUAUUCUAUUUGCUGGAUCCCAAAGAAUCAAAGAUAAGGAUUAGAAUGGUUGAGUUCACACAGAGAAUUGUUGAUUAUGUUUUAUCCUUUUAAAUAUGUGUAAGUCAUAGAAAGCUCUGCAGUCAAAAAUAUUGAUUGCAUUGAUCUCUGCCAACCACAGAAGCAUGGGGCCCAUGUGGGCUGCAGUGGAAAGGCUGUGAAAUACUUAAAAUAAAGACGUUAUCUGAUGGAAGAUGCUUUCCUCCUCCUCUCCCCCACCCCGGAAGCAAGUUUGAACUGAAAAUGCACAAAUGCCAGUCAGCAAAAGGAAAAAGUACUUUUGCAGCUCCAUUUAAACAUCAGCAUGCAGGCCUCGAGUCCAGCAGCACGUUCCAGGGCAGUAAGAAUACAAAUUUCUGCAGCAUGCAUGGAUUUUACAAGAAGAGUGUCGGCGUGAAUUGUAUUACAAGGUCUGAUGAGCAAUGUUGGUUUCCUUACAGAGAGCAGCCCCUUUAUCAUUCAAAGGAAAAAUGACAUUGCCGAUCAAAAGCCCUCUUUUUGCACACACAGCCCAUGUUCUGGAGCAAAGUAUUUAUGCAUCAUUCCCUUACUCGGUUAAUCAGCCCUCUGUUCUGCAGGGUGGAGCCCGUACUUGGGUCAGCCCCUGUGCUGAAUGUUGGCAACAAUGUCUAUGGCCUCAACAAGUCUGUGAGGAAAAAUGGACAUCAAUUUGAAGGUCCUUUGGUGGCAAAAAUUUUCAUCUUGUUGGUCUUUCUAAGAGCACAGGGCCAGACAUGUAGUAGGGGUUCAGCCAGUAUGUGUUAAACAAAUGACUAGACGAACAGGUCGAAUGUAAUACAAGGAAGAGAAAAUAAGCUUGGAUCAGAAAAAUAAACAACUAACAGCCAGGGAGGUUGGGAAGCCUCCAGAGACCAGGUGAGAUUUGAUCUGGGCCUUGAAGAAUGCCUAAAAGUUCAGGAGGUAGAGAGAGAAAAGGGCAUCUUAGAAGCAUCCUUCUGGUAGGAGAGGGCAAAGGAUGGGUUUUCCCAACCCUUUCUGGAAACAGGCACUUUAUAAAUCAAUACAGCUGAGGCUCUCCAUAAAUGCACCCAAACCUUCCAGAAUUCCACAUGGAAACACUCCCCAAAGGCAUUCAGAAUGCACUAGAGCUUCAUCCUGCUGCCUUUUGCAUGAUUUCUCAGGGCCUGGCAAUUAAGACAAUUGUUUCAUCCUGUGUGAUGAUGUGAAGAGGAUCCAAGAAGUGGCAGCAUAUCACUCCCAAACUAGCUUAGGACAGGGCAAGCAGGUACAGCACAAAUGUUGCACAGAAUUUUCCAGGUGGAAGGACAGAGGAAGAUAGAAAAAGUUGGCAUCAUGGGCAGGAACACAAUGUAGCUUCCCUGGGAGAAGAAGGGACAGUUGCUAGGCUCAAUUCUGCUCAGCCUUUACUGAACCCCACCAGGCUGGGCACCAUGCUUGGCAUAGGGCAUAAAACAAGGAAGUCAGCAGAGGGGCAGCUUGGUACAGUUGGUGAGAACAUAGGCUUUGGAGGUAAAUAUUCUGUAUCAGUCCAUUUUCAUACUGCUAUGAAGAAAUACCCAAGACUGGAUAAUUUAUAAAGAAAAAGAGGUUUAAUGGACUCACAGUUCCACAUGGCUGGAAAGGCCUCACAAUCGUGGAGAAAGGCAAAGAAGGAGCAAAGGCACAUCUUACAUGGCAACAGGCAAGACAGCGUGUUCAGAGAACUGCCCUUUAUAAAACCUUCAGAUCUCGUGAGACUUAUUCACUAUCAUGAGCAUAGCACGGGCAAGACUCUCCCCCAUGAUUUAAUUACCUCCCACCAGGUCCCUCCCAUGACAUGUGUGAAUUAUGGGAGCUACAAUUCAAGAUGAGAUUUGGGUGGGGACACAGCCAAACCAUAUCAUAUGCAUUCACUCAUUCCGUUCAGCUAAUAUAUAUUGAGCACCUGUUAUGCUGUAGGCACUGAGUACAGUUGUAAAAAAGCCAAGUAAAGUGCUGCUCUUGUAGAAUUUAUGUUCCAGGAGAGAAAUGCAAUAAAUAUUAGUGCUUAUUGAGUGCUUACUACAGGCCAGGCAUUAUCUCCAGUACUUUAUAUAUGCAUUAAAUAUAACAUUUAAAACUCACAAGAAACCUAUAAGUUACUAUGACACUCUCAUUUUACAGAUGAGGAAGCUGAGUUUCAGAGAGUUUAAACAAGAGUUAGAACAGGGAUACAAGGAUUGGCCUUCAGAGUCUGGCCCUUAACCACUAGGUUGUCCCAUCACAGGACAGAGAGUGGCCAGGGUUUGGUAAAGGGACAGAAUGACGCAGGAAGCCCCUCUGAGCAGUGACAUUUGGGCUGUACCCAAAUGAGAAAGAGCCAGCCAUGGCUAGAGUUUCAUGACAAGGCUGAGAGUGGAAUGGAGCAAAGCAGAGGGGACGGCUGUCUUGAUCUCAUGUGGGCUCUUCAUUCACUUAAGCUAUUUAACUUCAUUCACUUAAGCUAUUUAACUUCUCUGAGUCUCAGUUUAGUCAUCCGAAAAAUGGGGACAAAAUCUUUAAGAGAAUGAAUACAAUGCACUCACCCAAAGCCUAGAGCGGAGCAAGCACUCAACAAAUGUGGCCAUUAUUCCUGUUAACAAGACAAUUGCUUCUCUGCAGAAUGUCACAACUGAGAGAGAGACUAAUUGUUACUCUACAGUGUGGCUAGAUACCAAAUGUUUCUCAUUCCCCGGACUCAUUGACAUUCUGGGUGUGGUGCACUUCAAGCAUUUGCUUUCCCUUCUUCAUGAGAAACCCUAUCACCUUUUCUGGGCCAUCAGCCUAAACCUCAAUGGCCAAGCAUCUUUCUGAGCCUAUUCACUACCAUCAUCAUCACUGCCAACACUGCCAUCAUCAUCGUUAUCAUCGUUACGGUCAUUAUCUUCAUUGUGAACCUUAGCAAAGCACGUACUGUGUGCCAGGCUUUGUCCUAAGCGCUUGACCCUUGUUCUCAUUCACCCAUCAUAGUGGCUUCUAAGGUUGGUUUAUUAUUUUCCCUGUUUUUCAGAUGAGGAAACUGAGGCAUAGAGAGGUUGAGUAACUUGCCCACAGUCACACAGCGAGGAGGUGCAUCUGAACCAAGGCAGUCUGGAUCUGCUGGUCCUGUCUAGAAACACUGUGUUUCCCAUCUUCAGGAUUUUUGCCUCUGGGCAAUAUUUUCCUGCCACUAUUUGCAUCAGUUUUUUUCAUUGCCUCAAUUCACACUUUUUACUUAAAUGAACACUUUGUAAAACCACAUCCUAGAUGAAAAUCAGUCAUAUUUGUCAUUAAAAAGGGAGCACUAUAACAAUGAAAAUGCAAUAACAAGAAAACUGUAGCAUCAAAAUCCUUUCUAUAAGUGUUGCCAGUAGAAGGCUCAGAGCCCACGGCCAGCUCUUUCUUUGCAGAAAGGGGAGAUAACAAGUGUUAGGGGGUGUUAAAAACACAUCAGCACAAAGCUCACCUUUUGACUUCAACAGAAAAAAUAAAAAAGAAUUAAAGAAGGAAUUGUCCUACUCAACUACCUGUCUUCCUCCAGCAUUCCCUCCCACUUUGGGAGAGACUGAAGUAGAAGGGGUUUGGGACCUGUGGUCAGGGGACAUGUUUGUAACAAGCUGUGUGUGCUUAAGCAAGACCUUGUGCCUCCUCUGAGUGAUGAAGACAUCAUUCGAGUUUAGGGUCAUCAUCAUCAAGAAGCAAUUAGCUGGCCAGUGCCCAUGCAUGAUAAACUUUUCUCUAGACAAAUUAGAAACAUAAGUCCCAAUAGAAAUGAGGUUUCCAUAAAGUUACAAUUAGUGAAUUUAAUAGACUCUUUCUUGGUCUGAAAUUCACCCAACAACAUGCAUUCCACAAUUUUUGUGGAACAACCACAAUAUACCAUCACUCUAGGGCGCAACUGGUUUUCAAUGGUGAGAUUGUUCCUUCUAACUUUAGAAAAAUGAAAAUAUCCUCCAUUUUUAUUACACAAUGUUCAUAGUAAUUCAUCUUUCUUCUUUUGUGUGUCCAUCUUUAGCAAAAUUAAAGUUUGAUCCCUUAUAUCAUUCCUUCAUAUUUUUUUUUCUGGAAAUUUCGCUGGUCUGUCUUUUAUAUCCCCAAAUCUGAGAACUCCUGGACUAAGUGGGUCCCUCUGGGCUCAAGUAUGUUGGCACCCAUUUGUGUGAUGCUUUAUAGAAAUUUCUCGACAGGUGUGGUGGCUCACGCCUGUAAUCCCAACACUUUGGGCAGCCGAAGCGGGCGGAUCACGAGGUCAGGAGUUCAAGACCAGCCUGGCCAACAUAGUGAAACCCCAUCUCUACUAAAAAUACAAAAAUUAGCCAGGCAUGGUGGCACACACCUGUAAUCCCAGCUACUUGGGAGGCUGAGGCAGGAGAAUCACUCGAACCCGAGAGGCGGAGGUUGUGGUGAGCCGAGAUCAUACCACUGCACUCCAGCCUGGGCAAUAGCGUGAGACUCCGUCUAAAAAAAAAAAAAAAAAAAAAAAAGAAGGAAAGACAUUCCUAAGCCAGCAGAUGACAAAUUGAGUGAAGGGAGGUGGAGACACCAAGCAAAUUGAAGUCUGAUGCCUCAUCUAAAGGAGCGGCUGCUUCUCACCUCUGGGGAAUUGUUGUCAUGGACAGUGUGGACCUGUGGACCUGGUGAUGCCAGAUCUCAUGUGGUCUCAAGAGAAGGCACAAGCCUGAUUUUCAUGGUGAGUCCCUGUGAGCUGGAUCUGGUGGAUGAGCCACAAGAGGGCCGCCAUCCCCUGCUUUUUCUCAUUAACCAGCUUAAGUCAUGUCACAGAGACAGGUGGUAAAAGGAGGCAGCAGGGAUGUCAUGGAGAGAGCUUGGACUUUGGGCCAGUGGAUCUCAGGGCCUUGCCAUUCAUAGCUGGGUGACCCUGGGCAGAAAAGACAACCUCUCUGGGACUCAAUUUUCCUAUCUGUAAAUCAGAGAUUUUUAUUCUACUUCCUCAAUUUUAUUCGAGAUCAGAAAUAACGUCUAGUGUUACAAGGCAGAGGACAGUGAUUUUAUUUUGUAAGUAAAAGACUUGAGUCUGGGCCAGGCACCUGUAAUCCUAGCACUUUGGGAUGCCAAGGCGGGUGGUUCACUUGAGGUCAAGAGUUCGAGACCAGCCUGGCCAACAGGGCAAAACCCCAUCUCUACUAAAAAUACAAAAGUUAGCUAGGCAUGGUGGCAGGCAUCUGUAAUCCCAGCUACUCAGGAGGCUGAAGCAGGAUAAUUGCUUGAACUCGAGAGGUGGAGGUUGCAAUGAGCCAAGAUGGCACCACUGCAUUCCAGCCUAGGCAACAGAGCAAGACCCUGUCUCAAAAAAAAAAAAAAAACAUGACUUUAGUCCCGCUCUUCUGUUCUCAUUCCCCAUGAUCAUUUCUGGGUGCCACUGGCUGGCCUUUUUCUAGCUUUCUGCCUCCUCUUGAGCUGGUGACAAAGACCCUGACCAGUGACUAUCCAAGGCUUUCCAAGCCCAAGCUGCCACUGGGGAGGGCCCUGAAGCAAAUACAGGGAGCUGGGCCUUGUGUUUCUAGGCCUGGCUCCUCCUGAGCCCAGAAUUCAGUAUAAAGCCAUCUUCUUGGCAAGAAGGCAAACACCCACGUAAAACGCUAGCCUACAAGAAAUCAUGACCCUUUCCUGCCCACCAUGGAAGUAAGACAUCACCCUGUUCUCUUCCUGGAGCCUCUGUGUUUAGUGCUCAUGGAAACCAGUAUCUUUGGGGCUGUGAGUGAAUAAGCUCAACCCUUAGCAGAUUUGCCUCCAGGGUGGGUCCUAGAAGAAGGUCACCAGCCUUCCCAGUUUAUCUGGGACUAAGGGACUUACUGAGAUGCCAGACUUUUCUGUUUAAAACCACAAAAGUCCCAGGCAAAUGGGACAAGUUAGUCACCCUGCUCCAGAUCUUGAUAUGGAAAAAGCAUGUUGGCCUGGGAGAAGAUUCUUUCCAGCUCUAAAAUGUCAGUACUGUGAGUCCAGGUGUGUUCUUGGACCCCAAGCCACUCCUUGGGGCUGAGGCACCUAUCUGAGCUGCUGAGCCAGUGCCUGAGAGCCAGAGGCUGGCACACAUCUGCCAAAACAGACAGUGCUCCAGGUGACUCUUACAAAAUGACCUUCCUUGGUUCACAAGGUGACAUCGAUUUGCUAUCUUGGCUUGAGUCCCUACCUUCUACCAUGUGAAGUCUGUAGAAAGUGCCCUGGAAAUACUUGUUUGAUGAAUGAAUGAAUGAAUGAAUGAUGUAGUUAAAGUUUAAAGGUUUAAUGGAAAAAGAAAUAGGUGAAUAAAUAAAUAAGUGAAAGGACGACUUGGUUUCAGUUCUCAGGAUUCUUUCUUCCCAU